UGUGAGAGGCAGAGGAUCUGUGAAGAGAGUGGAGUUCUGGGCAUCAUGGUUUCCACACGGGUGCUCGUGCUUCAGCUGCUCCUGGUCUCACUGGUGUCUGCAUCCCAUCACUACGGUGGAACAGUGACGUUCACCUACAAAGGAAGGAACCCUGACGGAUCCUUUAGGGUGGACAUUCGCAACAGGGCAACCUUCGACGGGUGUCAGUACUCCCACUACUGGUUCUGUUACUCUGGCUACUGUGGCUAUGACGUCAGAAGUCAGAGGGGUGUCCUCGACCGCAGCACCAACGCGCCACAGUACAACAAUGAAUGGUGUGAAACCGAAACAGUCAUUACGAGUAACGUCCCGAGUGACAGACCUUUUCAAAAAAGGGCAGACAGCUGUUGUUGGAUCUCAACACGCAACUGGGUUAGUAACUGGGAUCUACUGACUUAUGUGGAUUUGGGAACAAGAUCUGACACCAGACAACCAAACAGAUCACCAGACAUUGCCAUUCUCCCUUUCCUCCGAGUUCCUCAAAACUGCCCACGGACAUUCCAGCUGGCGUCCACUGAUCCUGAUGGCGACAGAGUUCGAUGCCGAUAUGGAAAUCUCAUAAAUGUAGAGUGCAGCAGGUGCGACCGACCCUCAGGCUUCCACUUGGAUGAGGACUCUUGCACAUUGCACUACCACUACACCAGUGCCGACCCACGUGUUUUUGGAUUUGAGUUGGUGGUGGAGGACUUCCCACAAAGCCCCAUCACUCUGUCCUACACAGACAGAUCCCAGUCCUUCAGAGCUCCGCUGACCAGGAGGAGGAGAAAGAGACAAAUCGCCACCUCAUAUCCAACCACCACCACAUUUGCAUCCACACCGCCAUGGUGGUGGUGGUGGUAUAAUACAGCCCCAGCCACAACCAUAACAGCACCCACAACCACAACCACACCCACAACCACAACCACGCCCACAAUCACCACCCCAUGGUGGUGGUGGUAUAAUAUACCCACAGCUGCACCCACAUCCACAAAUACACCCACGGCCACACCUACAACCACAACCCCAUGGUGGUGGUGGCAUACUACAACCACAACCACAAAUACACCCACAACCACAACCCCAUGGUGGUGGUGGUGGUAUAAUACAGCCCCAGCCACAACCACAACAGCACCCACAACCACAACCACACCCACAACCACAACCACACCCACAACCACAACCACGCCCACAAUCACCACCCCAUGGUGGUGGUGGUGGUAUAAUAUACCCACAGCUGCACCCACAUCCACAAAUACACCCACGGCCACACCUACAACCACAACCCCAUGGUGGUGGUGGCAUACUACAACCACAACCACAACCACAAAUACACCCACGACCACAACCACAACCACCACACCAUACACUAGCACCGCGAGGCAGCUGUAUGCCACCACACCUCCUCUCAGCAAACUACCUUUGCAGUUCUCAGUCCUUGUGGACCCACCUGCUCCAUCAUGUCAAGAGGGACUCUACCUGCCGAAGUUCGUGCACCCAACACCUGCAAAUGGAGCACGAGUCCAAGCACAGGUCAACAAAGAAAUUGAGAUUAGAAUCAAGGCACAAGCUGCAUACGCAGUAAUAUAUGAUAUGAUCAUCAGUGGGCCACUGAACAUCAGCAAGCACAGGAACACACAUGACGAGUUUGUCAUCAGGUGGACGCCUACCUCAGAUGACCUGGGAGAUCAUUACCCAAUCUGCUUUGCUGUUGAGUCAGCGACAGGGUCUGCUGCAACCAGUCUUCAAGUCACACAACAUUCCCAUGUCCACGGCACCCCAACUUCACAGUCUGGCAUCUAUCAGUCUGAGAUGAGGUGUGUCCUGGUGGACGUCAGGACUGAGCAAGUUAAAUCCCAUGUGACCUGUAGUCAGUCCACAAUGACAGUAGAGGUUGAGAAAGCUUCAUUUGCUGGACUCCACGAGGAUCAUCUGCGGCUCAGUGAUCCCACCAACACCGUCUGCAGCCUCCAGACACACUCCAACAGCUCUCACAUCAUCGCUGUCAUCCCCCUAAACGCUUGUGGAACUCAGAUCGAGGAAGACGACGACAACCUCAUCUUCAAGAAUGAAAUCACCACGGUCGACAACAACAGAGACCUGAUCACCAGGAAGCACCUGCUGGAGGUGCAGUUCUACUGCCAGUACCCCAAACGGGGAAAUGUGACACUGGGCUUCACAGCACACAGGGACAACGUCACGGUGUGGGAGAGAGGCUUCGGCACCUUCACCUACGACUUUGAGUUCUACCCGACCAGCCAGUUCAGAACCGUUAUUGAUCCAAGUUCAUACCCUCUGGAGUAUGACAUAGGUAGCAGGAUCUACAUGGAGAUCGAUGCCACCGCCUCAGUCAACAACACUGAGCUGUUUGUGGAGUCCUGCAGGGCUGCACCAUAUGACAACCCUAACUACCACCCAACCUACUCCAUCAUUGAACAUGGGUGUGAAGUGGACCCAACAGUUGAAAUCCAUUCCCCCGACCAUGAGAAACAAUUCAAGUUCAGCAUGGAGGCCUUCAAGUUCAUCGGACAGCAUGAUCAGGUGUACAUCAGCUGCUCAGUGCUGAUGUGUGAAGCAGGAAACCCCAACACCAGGUGUGCACAGGGAUGCAUCAACUCCACAUGGCCAAGCGGCCACCAUCACCGAAGAAAGAGAGAGGCCGUCAUCCAGAGUGCAAAUCACUUUAUUUCCCAGGGCCCCCUGCGCAUAAGGAGAUCGGCAGAGGGAACCCGAGCCACAGUGACCAACCUGAAUCUGAACCUUGUAUUCAUCGCUGGAUGUCUUCUUGCAGCUGUUGGCAUGGUCUGUGGAGUGAUCAUGUACAAAGCCAAAAUGUCAAAGGUCAAAUACCAACCUUUGCCUGUAUUUGAAAGUUAAGACAGCAGUGUGUGUGCAGAAUGCCAAAGUGCAUCAAUUAAAUUUGAAUAUUCCCUUAUUUUGAUUAUUUGAUUAUUUUGGUAGCAGAUUUUGGGUGUAUCUCAUUAUGUACACAUUUAAAUGAAUGAAUUUUAUAUCAACAUCCUUAGAAAUGUCUACAGCUAUCUUUGUAUAAAGUGAAAGAAGAAAUGCUCGAGUUAGGAGAAAAACUGUUGGGAUGAUCAGCUAGCACUGCAGCUGCUGGGUGAUUUUUCAGUUGCUGUGUUUACAGAUGUGGGAUCCCAUGUAGCUUUAUAACCGUCUCUACUACUAUGCAUUACACUGUGAUUUACAACAAGUAUCCUGAUUGAUAUGUGCUGUCCUCUGCAGUUAUAAUCAUUAUUAUGUGAAAACCCCUCAAUGGCUUUGGAUAAAUGAAACAGACUUUACUCCACUACUUGUUUAAUGAAUCAAUAAAAUUUACUGGUAUGCCCUCUUA